AGCACAGUGGAGUCUCCUCUGCUCAGUCUCAGCCACAGCAGAUUCUGCGGCCUCCAUUUUAACUCCGACACCGAGUCGCACCUCACGUGUCCUGGGCCGUCUCUCUCACAUGACCCCAGUGUUUGUUCCCGUGAUCAGCACUCCCAUCUCCGUCUGUGACAGCGAAUAUCACUUUUUAUUUUCACCCUGAUGGAUAUGCUCGAACAAAGUCUGGACACUGCAAGCCAAGAAAAGCAAGAAGAAGAGGUUGUCCAGACAUCUGAGGCAGGAGAAGAGCAGACGGCUGUAACAAUAGCCAGUGUUCAACAGGCUGCAGCAUUCGGAGACCAGAACAUCCAAUAUCAGUUCCGCACAGAGGGGGGGCAGGUGACGUACCGGGUUGUUCAGGUGACUGACCAGCACGUUGAUGGAAGAGAUGAUUCAGGAGGAGCGGUGAGCGUGGUCUCCACUGCCGCUUUUGCUGGGGCGCCUCAGGCUGUGGCUCAGGCUGUGAUCCAAAACCCUUUCAGUAAUGGAGGAAGCCCAGCAGGAGAGGCAGUGGGAGGGGAGACCCGCUUCGCUUACUUUCCUGCAACCGCGGUGAGCGACGGGACUGUGUCGGUGCAGGCCGCAGCAGAUCCAACCCUCACACAGGCAGGGGGUCAGUUUUAUGUGAUGAUGACGCCCCCUGAUGUCAUUCAGACCGGCACACAGCGAACCAUCGCCCCACGCGCGCAGUCCUACCCUACAGAUGAAAACGAGCUGCUGCAACAUGAAGGUUUAAACUGGAAAAUGGAUGGACCUCGAACGCCGCGAGAUGAAAGAAGACGAGCUCAACAUAAUGAAGUUGAAAGGCGACGAAGAGACAAAAUCAAUAACUGGAUCGUCACGCUUUCCAAGAUGAUACCUGACUGCACUAUGGACAGCACCAAGACUGGAGCAAGCAAAGGAGGCAUCCUCUCAAAAGCUUGUGACUACAUCCGUGACCUCAGGCAAAGCAACCAGCGAAUGCAGGAGAGUCUGAAGGAAGUGGAGAGGAUACAAGUGGACAACGAGUUGUGCAGGCAGCAGAUCGAGGAGCUGAAAAAUGAGAACGCGUUACUCCGAGCUCAGCUCCAGCAGCACGGCAUCGAGAUGGUCGGAGAGACGCCACCGCAGUAACGGCGAGCGAAAGCAUCAGGAAGGAGCACCAACCACUUAAAGUGUGUCACUGAUGCUGUAGGGGAGGCGGACAAAAGCAGACGAGCUGAUUGGAAAAAGACUUGUGGAGAAUCACUCUGUUUUUAGUGAUUGCCUCCUUCUCCAGCUUCCGGGUCACGAACCCUUCACCAGCCAUUUGUGGCUGCACUUGACUGUUCCGGUCCUAUCGAGAUAACCACCCAUUGCAGCUCAGUAGAAGUGUACUCCAAGAACAUGUCCCCUCACCUCUGUCGGAGUGCUGUACCAGCACUAGCUAUGAAGCAGGACCUCUGCUGCACUUCUCCUGUGAUUAGUAUUUAUGUAGCCUCACUAAUGGACUAUGAGUUUUGUUUUGUUCCUUGUGAGUUUCCGUUCUUCCCCCAUUCUUAAUUUUGUCAUAGUUCUUGCUUUUAUCCUGCUUGUGUUUUUGAGUUCUGUAUUAAGUUGUUUUUAGCAUAUAAUUUAUUAGUCUGCUUGCUGACAGAAGACUUGAAGGAGACCAGUUACGCUGAACAUCCCCCACCCCACCUCAGAGGAGCAGUCUGAUUUUUUUAUUUUUUUUUUUUAAAGCCAGAAAACGUCAGUUGGCAUAAACACGAUUCUAGAGACAAGAAUAUUAUGACACGCUCAUUUUACCUACAUCCAAAGACAAAUGAGCAGCCGUGCGAUCCGACGCCUCCGGGCAGAUUUAUGUAAAUAUGACUUCUCAUGUUUUAAUACAGAUGUUACAGAAUGUUAGAGCGGAUUAUGUCUGGGAGUCAACAAUCAAUAACUCAUUAACUCCAUGCUGGUCCUUCGUCAUACUUAUUACCAUGAAGUGUGUGCAAUCUUGAAGCUUGAUUUGAGCUAUGAAAAAAAAUAAAAAAAGACCAGGGGCAUACUUGAAAUGUUGGGCAUUUGAGUGAUUGAAGAAAGGCAAAACAAAUCACUUGUAAAGUUCCGAUUGUUUAAAUGGUAUUUAAGUAAAAAUGACAACAGCAAAAUGGGUAGAUAAUUUCCAACUGAGCACUUUGGACUGUUAGCUGGAGAGCAAUGCAGUACAAACUAUUGCCAAACCAUUUUCCGGUACCGUGGGUUGGGUCUUUUUAUUUUUCAUUUUUAUUAGUUAUGAUUUAGCUGUUUCUCAACAUUGCAGGAAUAAUCCCCAUUUGCUUUACUGCAAGAUGUUUGCCCCUAUUUUGGUUUGCAACUCUUCAGAUGGAGCUCAACUUGCAGGGAGGGAGGCACCCUGGGGAGCAGCAUUAAAAGACUGCCUGCUAUAAAAAAAAAAGCAUACAGAAAUCAUGUUACUCUUUUUAGCUGAGCACAACUUGUUCUCUAAGAAAAACAACGAUUCAGCUGGAAACUCCCAUUUUCUGAACAAUAACUGGGAACAUCAACGAUUCUAGUCAAUAUUAACAUUGUUGACAAGUUUUCUUUUCUAAAUGAAUACACAUUAUUUUUUUUGUUGCUUUUUUUCUUGCUUACGGCAAUGGCAGUGAUAAUGGGGGAACAAAGCUAAGACUUGGAGCUGCUCAUUAAAGCGCCGUUUCUCCACCGGGUAUCAGCAUCUCAGGAUCCAGCAAAGCAAAACCAACACUGAAAUCCCUUGCAAAAAAAAAUAAAAUCAAGCAGCCGAAAUAUCGAAGACUUCAUAAGUUAACAGCUUGUGCUUUGAAAGUGCCGUUUUGCUGCAACUACUACUUACAAACCUGAUGGAGAUAGUGCAGGUGGCUCAUUUAUCAAACAAGGCUCUCAGCCAAAGUUGAAUGAUAGAUGUGGAGUAGGAUUUUUUUUUUCUUUUAAUGUAAGACCUCACUCAGAGUAGAGCAGAAAUGUAAAGAGCUAAAUAUUUCCUAUUGAAGGUGGAUCUUCACAAAUGAAAGGUUGUUUGUGUGUGAUUCUUUUUGAUUUUCUUUGCUUUUUUUAAUGGUAAGAGA